AUGAAAAUAUUAAUAUCUAUCUAUCUAUCUAUCUAUCUAUCUAUCUAUCUAUCUCAGUCUACUCACUAUCUAUCUAUCUAUCUAUCUAUCUAUCUAUCUCAGUCUACUCAUUAUCUAUCUAUUUUAAAUGAAAAUAUUAAUGUCUAUCAAUCUCAGUUUGCUCAUAUCUAUAUAUCUAUUUUAAAUGAAAAUGUUAAUAUCUAUCUAUCUAUCUAUCUAUCUAUCUAUCUAUCUCAGUCUACUUAUAAUCAUUCUAUCUAUCUAUCUAUUUUAAAUGAAAAUAUUAAUCACUAUCUAUCUAUCUAUCUAUCUAUUUUAAAUGAAAAUAUUAAUCUCUAUCUAUCUAUCAAUCUAUUUAUCUAUCUAUCUCAGUCGACUCAUUAUCUAUCUGUCUAUCUAUCUAUCUAUCUAUUUAUGUCUGCUCAUAUCUAUCUAUUAAAGGUGUUUCAAUGUAAUGUGGCCAUUAAACCCAGAUACUUGAGAAUAAAGGAAUAUAUACAUUGUUAA